AUUAUCCUAUCCUCUAAACUCUCCUGUGUGUUCUUUCUUACUUCCAAAGAGGAUUUGAAGCACGCAUUGCAAUGGCAGCUCUGCAGAGCUCCUUCACUAGUCUUUCAAUCUCCUCCACCUCUUUCUUCGGCCAGCGCUUCUCUCCUCCUCUCUCCCCUCCUCUGGUUACAUCAACAGAAGGUCCAUGUCUGAUUCAAGCAAAGCUUAAGCGAUGGGAGCGGAAAGAGUGUAAGCCAAACAGCCUUCCAGUACUACACAAAAUGCAUGUUAAGUUGGGAGAUACAGUAAAGGUAAUAUCCGGUCAUGAUAAAGGUAAGAUUGGGGAGAUCACCGAGAUCAUCAAGCACAACAGCAAAGUAGUAGUAAAAGAUGUGAACUUGAAAACCAAGCAUGUGAAGAGUAGGAGUGAGGAUGAACCAGGCCAGAUAGUCAAGAUUGAAGCUCCUAUUCACAGCUCAAACGUGAUGCUUUACUCGAAAGAGCAGAAGGUAGCCAGUCGGGUGGGUCAUAAAACACUAGACAAUGGAAAAAGGGUCCGCUACCUCAUAAAAACUGGGGAAAUCAUUGAUAGUGCAGAAAACUGGAAGAAAGCAGUCAAAGAGAAGGAGAAAACAACAGAAGCAGUAGCUGCUGCUUCCUAGGAGACUGGCCUGUAAAUUCUAGUUGAUUUUGCUAAUUUUGAAUCUUCUUUUGUAAUAGUAUGAUUCUGUUAUCACAUUAACCUUUUUAAAAUCAGUAACAGAAGAAUUUGUAUUAAUGAGCAGAAACCAGCAUUAAGAUAUUGGUGGGAGAUUACAAAAUUUGUGCCAGAUGAGCUGUAGUGAGGAUAUGACGUCAAUUAGAGUAUGUACUUCUUAAACAUUCUUGA